UCACAAACGAUUGAUAUGGGACAGUUGACAAGUGGACUGCCUCAAGACCCUUCACUCAUCGAGAUCACUGGCCUGCCGACAUUCAUCGAGGUCUGCCUGCAUCAUUUGCACUCUGCAACGGGCUUAUCAUGGCUCAUCAUUGUGCCCACCUUCACAUUGUUGGUGCGUGCUGCACUGUUUCCAUUUGCCAUCAAGCAUCGUAACAAUGCCCAGAGGCUAAUGGAGAUCAGACCUCAACUCGACAAGUUCAAACAGAUCGCAGCGGAUAAUAGAGCGAGAGGUGUGUCCAACUAUGAGAACUCAGACAACAUCACCAAGUUGCUCAAGGAGAAGAAGUGCCAUCCUGCACUCACAUACCUUCUGCCCUUGGUCAACCUACCCUUCUUCGUAUCCAGUUAUAUGGCGAUGCGUGAGAUGGCCGAGACAUUCCCAUCACUUACAACUGGUGGCGCACUAUGGUUCACUGAUCUGAGCGCAGCUGACCCGACAUACAUCCUGCCCGUCAUAUCCAGCGCAUUCUACUUGCUAAUCAAUCAAAUGUCUCUUGCACGAACAGACAUACUCUUCUUCAAGAUCAUCAGUUGGUUCGCCAGGAUCAUGGCUGUCAUGAUCAUCCCUCUCAGUUACACAAUCCCAUCAGUCGUGUACUUCUAUUGGAUACCCUCAUGUAUAUUCUCCAUCUUCCAGUUGUACGCAUUCCGUUCAAAGGCCAUAUGUGAUGCGCUUGGAAUGAAGGCUGUGAAUGAUGGCCAACCCCUCCUUUCAUUGCCAUCAUUCCUCGGUGGUAACAAGGAUACAACAGCCUCGGCUCAGGACGCACCUGCCCCACCCAACACCAUAACCAGUACGGUCAACAACACUACAGCACCAAAGGGUAGCAAUAGCAGCAACAUUACCAACCCGCCAAAGAGGAGGAACARGGAUAUAAACUGGAAGGGGAGAGGCAUCGAUGCCUUGUUUGGUUACAGUUUAUUCUUCUUGUUGGAUAUGUGUAUCGUUCGGAAGAAGGCCCGAGGAGGCGAGGGCUCGGGGGAGGACUGGGGUGAGGAGCUUGGUGAGGAGCUGGGCGAGCUGGAGAUCGACACGGACGUCGACCCUUCAUCCUCUUCAAAGUCGAAUUCG